AUGCUGAUGUAUCGACAACCCUUGGCAGACCCCGAGGUCUGGAGCGACCCGGAGGAAUUUCGACCAGAACGGUGGAUAGAGCAACCAGAUGCACCCAUGUUCACAUACGGAAUGGGUUACCGUAUGUGCGCUGGCUCACUGCUUGCAAACCGUGAAUUGUACUUGGUCUUUAUGCGAACCCUCAACAGUUUCUGGAUAGAACCGUAUGACGAGAUUGACUGGCAUCCGGUCAAAGGCAAUUCCGAUCCCACCAGUCUAGUGGCCAUUCCAAAGAGAUAUAGGGUCAGGUUCAUUCCUAAAAACGAGGAAGCGCUUGCCCAGGCUCUGAUCUGA